GGGAAAGGCUGGUGAAAAACAGUUGCCAUGGUCGCCAUACCUACUCUCUCUCUCCUAUUGGUCCUGGCAGAGUGGGCAGGUCUGGUGGACGCUUCACCCCACCUCCUGCUCCGGCCUAGCCCGCGGGAGCGUGAUGCAGGGGCCAUGAUGAACUUCAACAUCGCCGUGAUCCACGCCGGUGUUACGGUGCAAGCAGAGGCGGCCGUGGCGGGUUCUGGGGGAAGGGUGCUCUACCCUGGCUUCGGCCGGGUAUACGGCUCCCUGGGGGAGAGCGUGAUCACCCAGUGGGGCUCUGCUAACGUCAUCUGGCUACAGGUGAAUGACAGCAGUCCAAAGACGGUGCUGUCCCAGCUGUGUGAGCUGCUGGCGGCGCGGCCCCUGCAGGGUCUGGUUUAUGAAGAGGAGAGACCGCCUCGCACGGCCUGGGGUCCUUUGGCCCCAAUGCUGGAGUUUGUCUCUGCGCAAACAGGACUGCCCAUAGUGGCUGUAGGAGGGGGAGCGGGGCUGGGGAGGAUGCCACAGGAAUCAGGUUCCAUCUUUCUCCAGUUCAGCUCCUCUACUGCCCUCCAAUUAGAGGUCAUCUUUGAGGUGCUAGAGGAGUACGAUUGGACAUCCUUUUCCGUGGUGUGCACACGUCACCAUGGCUACCAAGAGUUCCUGUCUGUGGUGGAGGGCCUGACCGACGGCUCGUUCAUCGGCUGGGAGAAGAAGAGUGUGGUGAUCCUCAACGUGACCGACGACCCUGGGGGGGCACGCACACGCAGACUGCUGAAGGAGAACGAGGCGCAGGUACGCUUGCUGUACUGCUCCCAGGAGGAGGCUGAGCUGGUCUUCAAAGCCGCCUGGGCCGCCGGUCAGGCCGGAGCCUCGCACAUGUGGUUCGCUGUGGGGCCAGCUCUCUCAGGUUUGAGCAUGGAGAGCCUACCACGGGCUCUGUUUGCCGUCCGGCCCCAGGGCUGGAGGGACGAACCUCGCCGGAGGAUCGCUCGUGGAGUAUCUGUGCUGACUCACGGGGCGGUGGCCAUGCGCAAGGAUUACGGAACCACAGGCGGGCCAAACUUUGUCACCAACUGCAUGACGGACGCCAAUCAGACCCAGAGAGUGCGGGGCAGGAUGAGAUAUUUCGGCAACAUUACGCUUGGUGGUCGAGACUAUUCCUUCAACACCGAUGGUUACCUGGCCAACCCUUUCCUCGAUGUGAUUUCCUGGACACCUGGACGUGGAUGGGAAGAUGUAGGCUGGUGGGAGAACGGCGUGCUGAGGCUCCGGUACCCCGCCUGGUCCCGCUAUGGGCCAUUCCUUAAACCACCCGAUGAUGCCCAACACCUGCGAGUUGUCACGCUGGAGGAAAGGCCAUUUGUCAUUGUGGAGCUGGCAGACGCCGCAUCUGGGACGUGCAUCCGUGACUCAGUGCCCUGCAGACGACCCCUUAAUGCCAGUGCCAUUCAUGAGGGUGUGGCGCCCAUGAAGCAGUGCUGCAAAGGCUUCUGCAUUGACAUCCUCAAGAGAUUGGCCAAGAUUGUCGGCUUCACCUAUGACCUUUACUUAGUGACCAAUGGGAAACAUGGGAAGAAAAUUGAUGGGGUUUGGAACGGCAUGAUUGGAGAGGUGGUGUACAAGCGAGCCGACAUGGCCAUUGGCUCGCUGACUAUCAAUGAGGAGAGGUCAGAGGUCGUGGAUUUCUCCGUCCCUUUUGUGGAGACGGGGAUCAGUGUCAUGGUCUCGCGUAGCAACGGAACUGUAUCACCAUCCGCUUUCUUAGAGCCCUACAGUCCUGCAGUGUGGGUGAUGAUGUUCGUCAUGUGCCUGACCGUAGUGGCUGUGACCGUCUUCAUUUUUGAGUUCUUCAGCCCUGUGGGCUACAAUCGCAGUCUCCAGAACGGCAAGAAGGCUGGAGGCUCUACUUUCACUAUAGGAAAGUCUGUCUGGCUUCUGUGGGCUAUUGUCUUCAACAACUCUGUGCCAGUGGAGAACCCCAGAGGAACCACGAGCAAGAUCAUGGUGCUGAUCUGGGCCUUCUUCGCUGUCAUCUUUCUGGCCUCCUACACUGCCAACCUGGCUGCCUUCAUGAUUCAGGAGGAGUACAUUGACACAGUGUCAGGCCUCUCGGACAAGAAGUUUCAGCAUCCCGAGGAGCAGUACCCACCUCUGAAGUUUGGCACGGUUCCCAACGGGAGCACAGAAAAAAACAUCCGCUCCAACUACCCAGACAUGCACCAGUACAUGGGCAAAUACAACCAGAGAGGAGUGGAGGACGCCAUCCUGAACCUAAAGACUGGGAAACUGGAUGCUUUUAUUUAUGAUGCUGCAGUAUUGAACUAUAUGGCCAGGAAGGACGAAGGUUGUAAGGUGAUGACCAUAGGCUCGGGGAAGGUUUUUGCCACCACAGGCUACGGUAUCGCCCUGCACAAAAACUCACGCUGGAAACGUCCUCUUGACCUGGCCCUGCUGCAGCUGGUGGGAGAUGAUGAGAUUGAAAUGCUGGAGCGCCUCUGGCUGUCAGGUAUCUGCCAUAAUGACAAAAUUGAGGUGAUGAGCAGUAAACUGGAUAUUGACAACAUGGCCGGGGUCUUCUACAUGUUGCUGGUGGCUAUGGGCCUCAGUCUGUUGGUGUUUGCCUGGGAACACUUGGUCUACUGGAAGCUGCGCCACUGCAUGGCCACCAGUUCUGGCAAAUUGGACUUUCUCCUGGCAAUCAGCAGAGGCAUGUAUAGCUGCUGUAGCUUUGAGGAUGAAACGGCGCCACGUGGCGCUAAAACUUUGCCAACUCAUCACCACACUGCGAUGGUUACAGUUCCGUCCCAGCCACACGUUGUCUCAACGUCUAUGACCAACCCAGUCAUUGCCAUGGCGCAACAGCAGCAACCACCGCAACAGCAGCAACCACAGCCCGUCUACAAAUCACCUCUACCGGGCUCUCCUCCCACCGUGGUGCAUUCUGGGACAGCACUGGGUCCCCCCAUUGCUGGUGCACCCCUUCCUUGCUCCACCUUCCUGCCCCGGCCAGACCGCAGACUGGCUGUGGUGGAUCGCUGGAGGCUGCCCAAAACGGCUACAGCCACCAACCCACUGGCUGUAAGGGGGGCCAUCACUGACAUGGGACCCUUUGCUCAGAAAGUCCCACCAAACUGGGCUUCACCUGCUGGAGGGGGUGGGGGACUUGAUGGCUAUAAGAGAUACUAUGGUCCCAUUGACCCUGAGGGACUGGGGCCCUGCAUGGAGCAGCAGGCAGGGUCCCAGACCCCCAAGACUAUGCCCAGGGGCCACCCCCAGCCUCCUCCAGCCAGUGUGGCAUUCUAUUCAGAGAAGGGCAUAGACCAUGGGGUGGGGAAGAGGGUGGUGGGAGGUGGCAGCGGAGGUCAGGGGAAGGGGGUCGUUAAACCUCUGGGCACUCCCAGAUUGCCUUCUAAGAGUCAGGCCCCUCUGCCUCCUACACCCCCGCUGCCACACCCCUCUCCCCCUCUCCCCUCAUCCUUCUGGAGGAAGCGUAGGCCCAAGAAGCCCAAAGAGCCUGGAGGGCCACUGUAUGAAAACAUUUUACCCCUGGGGCGGAGGGGAGGAGCACGAGAUGGAGUGAGAGAGGGAGGAGGGAGGAGGGCACGCCCCCUCUCUCCCCCGCUCUCACUUCCUGUGCCAGUACCCCUCAGCCCCUCUUACACCCCUCCUUCGCCCUCUGCAUCUUUGCACUAUACGUCCUCCUUGUCUUCGUCGACCACCUCAUCCACAUCCACGUCCUCAUCUGCCUCUUCUUCUCGCUCCACCUCUCCCACCUACUCUUACAGCUCCUCCAGGAGCACACGGGACAGGACUGGAGGUAUAGAUGGAGAGGAUGAUGAUGACGAUGAGGAGCUGACGGAAGAGUCAAGCCUCCUACUUGGCAGGGGGAGGGAGAGGGAACGCUCAAUCAUCCGGCCUCGCUCCCUCAGCCAGGGGCGCCUGCCACCACCCAUACCCCCCAGGAAACCACGCACAUCCUGGGGUGACAGAGAAAGGGAACGAGAGAGGGAGAGAGGAGGAAGCCAACUGUCUCAGCUCCAAGAGUGGUGGGCAAGCUGGAGUGAGAGAGAGAGGAGUGGAGCGGGUGGAGAUGCUGAGAGGCAAAAAAGGGAAAAGAAGAGAAGAAAAGAGAAGGAGAAAGAGAAGAAGAAGAAGAAAAAGAACAAAAAGAGGAAAAAGAGGGAAGAAAGGGAAAGAGAGCGAGAGAGAGAAAGGAAGCGGCGAAAGGUGAAAAAGAAGAAGAAAAAAGAGCUAAAGACACAGAAAAGGAAGAAAUCAAUUGGGGGAAGACGCUCUGAGCCAGAGGAGGGAGAUGUAGAGCCAGAGAGGGAAGGGGAGGCAGAAGGCGAGAGGGAAGGAGGAAUACAAGACUACUCCUCCUUCUCUGCCCAGUAUCGGAGCUCAUUUGGGGAGAAGGGACGGGAUUCAUGGGAAGGAGAAAGGGUAGAGAGAGGUAGGAGAGAAGGAGGAGAUGAGGGCAAUGAACAGGAGGAGAGCAGCAGAAGCAGGGAGAGGCGCCCAAAAUCCUCACGCUCUCAUUCCAGACAUCGUAUUCCCAGUAAGCGCUACCCUAACCUCAACAAACUCCCUGCAUCAGUCAAAUUUUGGGUGAAUGGGAGAGGAGAUGAUUCAAAUACUCCUCCAACAUCCCUCCACCCACUUCUUCCGUCCUCCAAGCGGAGAAGAAGUGAAGGGAUUAACAGAGAUGACAGCGGCAGAGUCGGAGAGCGGCGUCCUUUGUUAAUGCAUUAUGAAAAAGAGAAAGCACAGACAAGAGAAGGACCUACAUUCCCUGAGUGGGACUCUGAGGGUGACGAGGAUGAUGAUGAGGAAGAGGAGGAGAGGGAGAGACUGAGGGAGAGGGGAAGGAGAGUGGGCAGGGGGGCAGUGUCUGAGUCAGAGAGGGACAGGGCCAGGGUAGAGGACAGUUAUUCAGAUGAGGGCUCGUCAGGAGAGUUUGGUCGCUUUGAAAGAUACUGGGAAGGUGGUGCAGGGGGAAGCAGCACUGGAAUAGGGGGCAUAGGCGGAGGAGGCUGGUUCUUUGGCACCUACCCCUCCAGAGAGAAAGGGGGCAGUAUCAACAGUCGGGAUGAUUCCUUACUAGGUACUCGGACAGAGGGAUGGAUUGGUGCUGAUUUCUGGGGUUCAGGGCCAGGAGUAGGUUGGGGCUCAGGGGGAGGUAGUGGAGGGCUCGGCUCACAGUGGCCGCCACCCCCCACAGCCUUCCCUCCACCUAGGAGAUAUUGGUCCAUGGACAAGAUCCCUGUGAAGGGAGAGAAAAAGUGGAAGAGUGGAGGAGGGAAGAGCAAGGGGCGGUCUCGAGACAGAGGGGAAGAAGCAGGACGGGCCACCAUGUGUUCCUGUAGCCUUUACCCCCAACCCCAUCCUUACCCACAUCCUCACAGCCGCUCGCACACCUCCCACUCAAAGAGAGGAGCCACGGCACUUUCCCAUAGCCAGGAAGAGCUUCUCCCCCACUGCCACAGCUUCAGCGGGGGUUCUCGCCCCAAGCCUCUCCCCCCCAAACCAGAUCCCAGUCAGGCCAAAUCAGGCAGCCAAUCUAACCUCAGCCUCAGCACACAGCCCACAGACCAUCCACCUCAGCCCUCUCCGUCGCCACCCCAGCAGCCGUCCAUGUCUCCCACCUCUCUCCCGAUGCCCAUCCCCCCUCCGCCCUCCUCAUCCUCCAUCUCACCACCAGCAGGGGUAGGGAUGGUAGGCCAGGCUCAGGCUUCGGCCAGUGCCAAACUCCAGUAUCAGAGACUGCGCUCGGUGCCACAGCCACGGAGGUUUUACUCCCCCCACCUGCCACUCAAAGCCAAGAGCCUGUGCUCGCGCCGAGGGUCGGCCCACUUCUCCAGCCUGGAGAGCGAGGUAUGACAGGGGGAGAAGAGAGAGGGAGACGUGGGAGCGAGCACCACUGCUAUAGAGAACCGUGGUGCCAUGGCAGCUGGAGCCAGGGAUGACACCAGAGAUACGGCUGCUUUGGUGACCAUAGGUAAUCAAUUAGCAACCAUCACUGCGGGAACUAACAUGGACAGUAGUUCUACUGCGAGCACUACUCUGUGUGAGAGCAAUGACACCGCCACCCGCUCCAUUGUACGCGUUCUUGUGAGGGCGACAGUGAGACGCCACACCAGGGUGAGCUACAUCCGUUUGGAUGGUUCCCAUGACGACGAGAGUGAAGGCGAGACUGCGUCAGCGGGGACGGCAGCUCCCGAACUUCUCCUCCGCUCAGAAUUGAGCUUCGUGAUGUCAUCUUCGGUUCUCCUCCCCUCCCCGAGUCACAACUAUGGAUAAGAGUAGUGUCCGACUUGUGAGUAAUGAUGUCAUAUUUGUACACACAAACACACACAUGCACGAGCACGCACACACACGUACACACAGAUAUAUGCUCAAAACGUCUCCCUCCCUCUGGCUUUGAGAACACUCCUCUGUGGGAUGUGGAGAGACCCACCCUCUCCCAAAAGAUGCCAGUGUUUGGUCAAUAGACUCUGGCUCCCUAUCCCAAAUGGCUUUUGGCUUUUGAACUGGACUGGUGGACUGCUUCUCGGAGAGACUGCCCCCUCUUCUUCCCUUUUGUAAAUCAGUUGAUAUGAAAAGCAAUGCAGUCAGCUCUCUCAUGCACUCUGUCUGCCUGAUCACCUUUCACUGGGCAGCGAGGACAGUGCUAUUUAUUUGACCUUUGACCUCCUUUGACACCAUCAGACCCAUCUAGCUCUACCCCAGGACCAUCUACGUGAUAUCAUGUUUUACUAAAAACCCUUUUACCAAUCAGAUUGAACCCUUUCUCCUCCUCCCUAUUGGAGAUUGUCAUGUCACCUCUGGUCCAACCAGAGUUCGAACACAGUUGAGUAUUUGAUCAACAAACUGAACUUUAAAAGAGAAAUAACAAUAAGAACAAAAAAGACAUGUAGCAGAUUUUCUUUUACGUCUGUCUUUUCUUUUCUUUCUUACUCAGACUUUUCUCCCCUUGCCCUCUUUUUUAUUCUAUCAAUAUAUUUCUCUCACUGUGUUAGUGUUUUAAUAAAGAGGAGACUGGAUGUGGCUAGUGUUGGAAGUGGGAAUGAUUUGAUAGCAGUGCCAAAUUUCCACUCAACAGCUUUUAAGCAAGAUUGAUUUCCAAGUAAUUUGUUUUCAUAGAUAAAGCCCCAUCUUUUCUUUCCACACGUGAACAAUGCAUAAUUCACCAUCAUGUAAGUGGAUCAAGGGGAUGAUUGGUGCAAUAUCUGUAAUUGGCACUAGAUGGCUGCAUAAUAUUCAAAUAAGCUUUGGAGACAAUUGUGCAGGAGACUUGUGGUACGUUUAAUAAUUGUAGCUACAUGAUACAGAGCAAGGGGUGUGCAGCUAUGAACUUUAUUAUUUUUAUGAAAGUGGUCAGUCAGGAUAUAUUCAGAGGAAGAAAGGGGAAUUAAAACCAAGUGCAGCUCUCUUGGGAUGUCAUUGUAUUUCACUACUAUACUGUACCUUGGCAGAGUUUGUAGAUGAUAGAUUAUAUGAAGCACAAGAUUCAUUGUAUUUUUCAGACAUGUGUGCCACAGUUGUAACUGCACAAUCUAUCGGUAAUAUAUAUUUUGCUGAUGUGUGAAAAACUAUUCACUUGAUGUUAACUCAUGUUGAUAUUAUGGACAAUAAAAUUCACUGUUACCCAGGUUCAAAUAACAAAGUACCACAGAUGCUUGUGCUGAGGAAAUGAUCUUGUACUUUGACUAUUUCCUUUCGGCAAAUAAGACUGAACGAUAUACUGUGAAUGUUUUAGGUUCCAAUUUGAGGUGCAUAUACAAUAGCUGAGACUUCACUGAAUGCAGUCAGUAAUAAUUCCUGUAAUCAAGAUUAUCAGAUGACUGUUUGACUUUGAGCAAUAUUCCCACCUUCAAUGUGACAGCGAUGCAAUGGCACAUCUGUUUGCAUCUGAGACAUUGUAAUUGUUUUUCCCUCCAGAUCAUUUGUUUCAACCAGAGUCAGAUGUUCCACAUCUUCACUGAUUCUCUUAUAGGUAUAAUCAGUUUAAUCUAAUUUGGUCAGAAGUGAUUGUAAUAAAUGAGUUAAAGUCCACAGCACCUGGCUCUGGCUGACCAAUAUGAAUACGAAAUGCUAUGUGUUCAAGGGAAAGUAGUGAACUGUAGCAUUGUACCUUCUGUGAGCUGUGCCAAAAGCCAUCUACUGUGUAAACUGUGCCAAUGUUGCCAACAUUGCAAUGCAUACACUCCAUUUUCACAAGGUCAACAUAUCCACCUCAUUUCUCACACUAAGACCAGCCACAGCCCAGCUCUUCUUCUAUUGUAGUUGAAUGUAGCUUUGACAUGAUGUAGCAAAAGAACACCUACUUUUAGACUUUGUAGCUUUUUGGAUGCUGUUGAUAAUGGCGAGAAGGGAGGGGGGGGGGG